UUUCUUUUCAUCGUUUCUUCUUCCUUUUUCUUUCUCUCUCUCUUUCUCUCUACCUCCAUUCUUUCCCCUCUCUUAUUUCUUCCCCAAACAUCUUAGAACCCUAGCCCCCCAAAUUCACGGCAACAAGAAAAGCUCGUCGGCAGCGACGAGUUCAACACAUUUUUGGCUACAUGGAAUUUCAAAUCAAACAUACAACCAACAGAGUGAUUUAAAAUGCUGAACUCUUCUCGACUGAUAUUGAUAUGGAUGGAGGGCCCAACUUUUGUGACAGCCCGAUAGCGACUCGCCCCAAGCGUAAUACUCGCCUUCCAGCCCGAUAGGAGACACAAGGAACCUUAGUUAUGUUAGUAGACGUGAGGAACAAAGAAAUCAGAAAACAAUUCAGCAGAAAAGAUUUCGUUUCCGUUACUCAAAUAUUCCGUUUGCUCCGACGUACGUUUACCGUUCGCAAUUUUCCGGCAGGUUUUGGCCGGUGCCUUUAUCAGAUGUCAAGAAGAGGAUGAAAGCCCUUAUCCUCUGAAUGCGCAGAGGAUGCACAUAUCACUGUCCCUGUAAGGUCGAACCUGCUGGAGAUCAUUCAUAUCAUUUGUGUAUGAUUCAAGUUGGGUUGCAGCAACUGUCAAGGACUGCUCCAUUUGCAGAUUCUUUAAAUUAUUGUUCAAAAUAUAUGGUCUCCACUUAACUGUUGUCUGUAUAUCAGAGUAGACGAGCAUCUGGAUAUGGUAAAUUUAGCCAAAUUCCAGAGGUCUUCCAGCACCAUCCAGUUAUUUCAACUGAUUCAAACACUAUAUCCAACUCUUCCAAUAUCUGGAUGUAGUCAUUUUACAUCGAUGUCGAACCAGAAUCCUGAUUCUUCAAUCUCACUGUCAAGUUCAGAGCAGAGGGUUGCUGAACACCAUGUUGCAAUCUUUUGGGAUCUGGAUAACAAGCCACCAAAGUCAUUUCCUCCAUAUGAUGCAGCGAUGAGGCUAAAGAAGGCUGCCCAGAAGUUUGGAUUCGUCAAAUAUAUGAUUGCUUAUGCCAAUAGACAUGCAUUUAGCUAUGUUCCCCCGUCAAUUAGGGCACAAAGAAGAGAGAGGAAAACAUGGAAUGAGCUAGAGACCAAGGGUGUUGUUAAGCCAGAUGAACCACACAUAUGCCGAGUUUGUGGGAGGAGAUUUUAUACGAAUGAGAAGCUCAUUAAUCAUUUUAAGCAAAUUCAUGAGCGUGAGCAGAUAAAACGGUUGAAUCAGAUAGAGUCUGCGCGAGGGAAGAGGAGGGUGCAGAUGGUGGGAAGGUAUGCUAUGAAGAUGGAGAAGUACAGAAAUGCUGCUAGGGAUAUUUUGACCCCUAAAGUUGGGUAUGGUUUGGCAGAUGAGUUGAAACGAGCAGGGUUUUGGGUUAGGACGGUUUCAAACAAGCCACAGGCAGCAGACGUUGCAUUGCGAAAUCAAAUGGUGGAUAUGAUGGACAGAAGACUCGUUGAAUGCUUGUUUCUUGUAUCCGACGAUUCAGAUUUCGUAGAGAUUUUGAAGGAAGCAAGACUGAGGUGUUUGAAAACAGUGGUUGUGGGUGAUAUCAGUGAUGGUAUUCUCAAAAGGACUGCGGAUGCUGCAUUCUCAUGGCAGGAGAUUAUGAUGGGGCAGGCUAAGAAAGAGGCUGUUUCAGUUGUUGGAAGGUGGAAAGACCAAAGUGUGUUGCAAAGAUUGGAAUGGACAUAUGAUCCUGAAACAGAGAAAAAGCUGUAUUAUUAUGAAAUUGAGAGUGAGGACUCUGAUAUUGAUUGCAUUAGUUCUGGUGAAUAUGGCUCUCUUCUGGAUGCGGAAAACGAUGAUGCAUGGUGGGUACUGGAGUCCAAACUAAAUAAUUAAAAAGACCUCCUGAACGAUUGAAGUAAUUAUUUGAUGACAAAGUGUUUCAUUCUGACAACUUUAACAGACUCUGUUUUGUGUAGUCCUGAAUGCUCUGACAUUCUGGAAGGGAAAGUUGCUUUACUGUAUCUUUCAGACAUGGAAACAUCUACGUCAUUCUUGUGUCUUACAUUAACACGUUAACGUUAGCAACUUUUUUGUGCCAUCACAAGCAUGAUCCUACUCGAUAGUACUACGAGUAAUGAGAUAUAGUACUACUGGCAAUGAGAUAGAUGGAAUGGGCAACAGAUGUUGGUCAGGUGGUUGUAAAAGUUGGCACUCUUGUUAGAAUAUCAGAUAAUUCUGAUAAUCGGCUUAAUGCUCAUCUGACAGAAGAUUUUGUGGGAGGUCCUAACAAUACUUUCCAACUUGCAAUAAACAGGGUCUUGAAAUAAUUAAGAUAUGUACAAGUAUAUUCGCCGAAGUGAAAUUCUGUUUCUUGAACUUGUAGUCAAUUUCGCAAGGUUAAUAGGAUGAACUUUAGCUGCUUUCACUUGUAGCUGAUUUAGAGCUCAACCCAGUUUAACAGUUCAUACAGAAGAGACUGCAAUCAAUGUCUAUAUUCGUAUAGUUAGUUUUAUUUGCAUUUGCACUG